AUGUUGCUACGAGCAAGCAUUGCCUAUGCUACUUUAUUAGUUUUAAUGUUGGUUUCAUCGUACGACGUUCUUUUUGCUUCUGGUUCUUCUUUUUCUCUAACUCAUAAAAAACAGCAUUUACAAGUAGUUGGUGCAGAACAAGAAGUAGAGGCACUUCUGAAAUGGAAAUCAACCCUUGUCAACAAAAAUCAUUCUCUCCUCUCUUCAUGGAAGAUGAUGAACUCUACUGCGAGUACAACGAGUCCGUGCAAGUGGUAUGGAAUCACUUGUAAUAAUGGAGGAAGUGUGGUGGAAUUAAAAUUAACAGCUUUAGGGUUACAAGGUACGCUUCAUAGUUUCAACUUCACAUAUUUCUCAAACUUUGUUACUCUUGACUUGAGCGACAACAUGCUUUUUGGAACCAUUCCAUCUCGAAUUAGUUACCUUCCAAAACUCACCCACCUUGAUCUUUCCUUGAAUAAGCUUUCUGGACAUAUUCCAUCAGAAAUAGAUUCUCUUACAAGGCUUUCAUAUUUAGACCUUUCUCAAAAUCAGAUUAGUGGAUUUAUCCCUCGAGAAAUUGGCAAUUUAUAUUCUCUCACUCAGCUAGAUUUGUCUGGAAACAAUCUGGUUGGGUCAAUUCCUACUUCAAUAUGCAAUUUAACCCACUUGGUCGUGUUGAAUAGCUAUAAAAAUCAACUCUCUGGCAGCAUCCCUCAACAUAUAGGAAGGCUAAGAUCUCUAGCUCUUUUAUCAGUGUAUGGGAACAAUCUCAUUGGUUCAAUUCCCGCUUCUUUAACCAAUUUGAGUAGCCUAGACACUCUUUUCCUAUCCGAUAACCAACUUACUGGUAUCAUUCCUCAAGAUAUAGGAAAGCUAAGUUCUCUUACCCUCAUGGAGUUGUGGAGAAACAAUCUCAUUGGCCCCAUCCCUACUUCUGUGUGCCACUUGGACAACCUCGUCGGUUUAGCAGUUUUUGAAAAUCAACUCUCUGGAAGCAUCCCUCAACAUAUAGGAAGGCUAAGAUCUCUAGCUGCUUUAUCAGUGUAUGGGAACAAUCUCAUUGGUUCAAUUCCUGCUUCUUUAACCAAUUUGACUAGCCUAGACACUCUUUACCUGUUUGAUAACCAACUUACUGGUAUCAUUCCUAGAGAUAUAGGAAAGCUAAGUUCUCUUACCCGCUUGGAGUUGUGGAAAAACAAUCUCAUCGGCCCCAUCCCUACUUCUAUGUGCCACUUGGCCAACCUCGUCGGUUUAGCAGUUUUUGAAAAUCAACUAACUGGUUCCAUACCUCAAGACAUAGGAAAGCUAAGGUCUUUGAAAAUCUUACUUAUGUCCCAAAACAAACUCACUGGUUCAAUCCCUUCUUCGGUGGGUAAUUUGAGCAAUUUAAUUGAAUUAACUAUCUCACAGAAUCAACUAACUGGAUCAAUCCCUGCGUCCGUGGGUCACUUGAGAAACUUGAAUUUACUUUAUCUUUUUGAGAAUUUCUUUUAUGGUUCAUUACCAGUUGGAAUCAACAAUAUAACUCUGUUAAAACGAUUGUCUUUGAAUGAUAACAAAUUUUCUGAUAAUUUAACCGAGGCGUUUCACGUGUAUCCAUAUCUAGAAAGGUUUACAGUGCAAAACAAUAUGAUGUAUGGUGAACUCUCAAAAGACUGGGGGGAUUGUCAAAAUUUGACAGCCCUAUCAUUCAGAGGGAACAAUAUCACCGGUAGAAUACCAUCUGAAAUGGGGAAGUUGAAGAUUUUAAGGGAACUUUAUCUUGGUUCAAAUAAUUUAGUAGGAGCAGUUCCAAAAGAGUUGUUGAAACUGUCCUCGUUAGUUGAUUUACGUUUGAACAAUAACCAGCUCUCCGGUAGGUUGCCUUGCACAAUUGGAUUGUUAUCCAACCUGCAAUAUCUUGAUUUAUCAGCCAAUAAACUCAUCGGAUCAAUACCCAAGAAACUAGGGGAGUGUUUAAAUUUACUAUCAUUGAAUUUGAGCAGGAACAAUUUUAAUGAAAGCAUCCCACCUCAGAUCGGUAACUUGGAUUCGUUACAGAUUUUGUUAGAUCUUAGUUACAAUGAGCUGAGUGGAAAGAUACCAUCAGCUUUUGGUAAAUUAAACAAACUGGAACAUUUAAAUUUAUCCCACAACAGAUUUUCAGGCUCGAUUCCAUCUUCAUUUGAUCAAAUGCUUAGCUUGGCUAUUGUUGAUGUUUCGUUCAAUGAAUUGAGUGGUCCUCUUCCAAACACCAAGGCAUUUAAGGAUGCUCCUGUUUAUGUAUUGAAGAACAACAAAGGACUGUGUGGUAAUAGCUCUAGAGGUUUAAAACCAUGUAAUACUAAUUCUAUAAUUGAAGUUGAAGAAGAAGUUAAAGAAAAUGCAAAAGAGAGAAUAUUGUUUUACGGUGUUAUUGCUUUGGGGUUCGCAGUUGGAUUUUGGGGUUUGUUCUUGGUUCUGCUUCUCAAAAAAGAGAAAUGGUGGUUUGGUUAUUGGAGGAUUAUCGAUUCCAUUGUGACAAGAAUAAUCCGUUGUAUUCACAAAAAUUGA